GAUACUUUCACGAGUACGUGAAGACGACCUACGUCCACCCGGUGGUGCUGUGUUAUUGAGAGGUCAUACAUUUCGUAGAAACACCGAAAACAAGCCAGGAAAGAUGUCUGAAGAGCUGUCCAACAACAUAAACAUCAAGGAGCCACGAUGGGACCAAGGCACUUUCAUGGGACGCGCCAAGCACUUCUUCAUGGUCACAGAUCCCAGAACCGUCCUGCUGUCUUCUCAGACCCUGGAGGAGGCCAGAGUGAUCGUACAGGACUACAGAGCUGGGAUUGUGAAGCCUGGUCUGACAGAGGAUGCGCUGUGGAGGGCCAAGUACAUCUAUGACUCCGCCUUCCACCCCGACACUGGAGAGAAGAUGUUCGUGAUUGGGCGGAUGUCUGCUCAGGUGCCAAUGAACAUGACCAUCACUGGCUGCAUGCUCACCUUCUAUAGGACUACUCCAGCAGUGGUGUUCUGGCAGUGGGUUAACCAGUCUUUCAACGCUGUUGUCAACUACACCAACCGCAGUGGAGAUGCCCCCAUCACCGUGAAUCAGCUUGGCGCAGCUUACGUCAGUGCUACUACUGGAGCUGUCGUCACUGCCUUGGGACUCAAGUCUCUAGCUAAGCGACUCCCUCCAAUCGUCAGCCGGUUUGUCCCCUUUGCUGCUGUCGCUGCUGCUAACUGUAUCAAUAUUCCCUUCAUGAGACAGAGGGAGUUGAAGUACGGUAUUCCUGUGACUGAUGAGAAUGGAAACAGGUUAGGAGAGUCACCUAAUGCUGCCAGGCAGGCCAUCAUGCAGGUGGUGGUGUCAAGGAUCGGCAUGGCAGUACCAGCAAUGGCCAUUCCUCCUAUCAUCAUGGACGCUCUGGAGAAGAGAGCUUUCAUGAAGCGGUUUCCUAUUCUCAAUGCUCCGGUCCAGGUGUCACUCGUCGGACUGUGCCUGGUGUUUGCAACUCCUCUGUGCUGCGCCCUGUUCCCACAGAAAAGCUCGAUGAGUGUGAGCGGGCUUGAAGCAGAUCUGCAGGAGAGGAUACGACAAACCAGUCCCCACACCACCACCGUCUACUUCAACAAGGGCCUGUAGUUCCAGCCAAACACUCUUCCAUGCACACACACACACACACACACAGAAGCACAUUUUGGAUGUGCUGUGGGCACAAGUGGGAGGACAAUACAGAGUUUAUUUAUGCAUUUUGUUUUGUUUAUAUGUUUGCUGGUGUAAGUUUGUUUUUUCCCCAGUUUUUUUGUAAUGCAUGGAGAGCUGCUCCAAGUGUAAGAGUGGAUGUUGAAAGUUAUUUGAGAAAGUGGAACGAGACACUUUGAGAGAAAACUUCCGUGACACUCCUUUAGAAAUGAAAAAAAAAGACUUUUUGUUGUUUGCUGUGUCUGUUAGCCGUCUCGGCCGCAUGGGUGGUAGUUGCAGAUUUGUGUCUGACUCCCUCGUACAUUGUACACAUCCUACUAACUUAUACUCCAGUUUAAAAUGAAGAGCACUGCUUCCUAGCCAUAUAUUAUGCAAUUGCAUUUGAAUGUAACUUGUAAGUUGUUUUUAAUAUGGUGCAACUUUUUACCUUUCCAGUUCCUCCAUCAUUGUUAGCGUCACAUUGUUUUUUGAAAAGUAGGAACUGUUACACACACUGGUUAUGUGUUAGAAUUGUAGCUAAAACUGAAGAUAUUCUAAAUAUUCCAAAACCUUGGAGAAGAUGUUCCUCUUCUGUUGUUUUCUGCCUCGCCGUUAUCCUUUGGCAGCAUCUUGUUCGCUUCAGCUUUCCCUUAAGUGUACUUAUGCCCCUCCAUAUUUUAUAGACUUGUUGAUGAGGUGUUAAGUACAUGUGGUAAAUGUGUAGGAAUUGUAAUUACAGAAGCUUGGGAAGCACAGGCACAGGUACUGUUACAAUCAUAGAGGCAGAGACAGUUUAGUGUGGACAUCAUUAUCUUUAGUGGCAUAUUGAUGAGUAGUUUGAAUGUUUAGGUGAUGGUGGUGUCUGUUGGCUGUUAUUUGGUGGAGAGGAACAUCCUGAUUGAUUAGACCACAGAGCAGUGGUCUGAAAAUUUAACUCCCAAUUCAUUGGGUUUAAUGUCCACACUUGAAGGUUAAAGGAAGUCAACGCCGGUUUGGUUGUCGGACGGAGUUGGAAAUCCGGGUGUAACAAGCAGCUCAACUCAAGCCAUUGAUGUUCCAUCGUGCCAAACAAAAGUAGAAAAUGUCUUUAUCUAAAAGAUUAGUGCUUAUGUCCAGGUCGGAGCAGUGGAUAAUUGUGUGCAAUCUUUGUCGAUGCUUCGUUUUAAAGUGGACAAUUUGAGCUCCUAUGUUCAAAUUCAUUGUUGUUAGAUAGUAAUGACGAGGGAGUAUAAGCGCAGUCCUGUCUGUCAGUGUGAUGUCAGAGUAUAAGUAUAUUUUUCUUGCAUAUAUAAAUAUAUAUAUAUAUAUACACAAUAUGACAUGAAAUGAAAUGUAUUGAGCACAUAUGCAUGAGGAUUUUAGAGAUUUAAACUUGAAGGCGUGUUUCUGUCGGCGAAUCCACCAGAUGGCCCCGUUUAUGCAUCGGAAGACAAUGUCCGCUGCUUGUACAAGUGAGCGCUCCUGUAGCUUCAGGGCUGACGAGCUCUCGAAUUCGAUUACUGAGCAAGAACACAGUCACAGAUCCCCAACUAUGACACUGUUUUUUUUCCACAUACUGAGAGAGAUGAGGUUGUCUGGGCUGAGCCUCGUACUUGAAUUCAACUAUUGUCAAGCAAUUUACUGUUUUAAUGUUUCUGAAAGUCAAGGUCGUACAAUCGUUCAUUUAGUGUUACAGUGUUGCAGCACCAGCACAACAGGGGCAUCUUAAUGAAGAUGCUGCUUUACAGCCACUUAAAAGUGGAUGUGGCCUUCUGGUUUGAAAAGGGAAACCUAGGAAGGAGGACGGAAGUAGCUCUUGGUCACCAGGGGGCAACUCCGUUUGAAUGGAAGCCUAUGAGGAAAAGUAGCUCCUACUUCUCUCUUUAAUCUCAAUAGUAUCAAUCACUAAUUUCUGCUCUUUUUCAAUAGAAUAUAAUGUCAAUUUUGUAAAUGAUGUUCCCAUUUAGAGGCAAAUAAGCACAUGUGUGAUUGACAGCAGGUAUUGUCCGAUAGGUGACGUCUUUGAAUUCCUGGUUUUUAAACACUCGCAUAGUGUUUGUCAAAUCACGAAUCUUAAGGGAGUUAGUUGUCACCGGGACAGCGUCCAUUUUUUACACGCAGUCUAAAUGAUAACAGGCACAAAUGCACAACGAAAACUGUUAACCAGUUAAGACUGAAAGAGCGUCUUGAUAUAUGACUCCUGUAUGAAAAUCAUUUCUGUGUAGUAUUUUUAAACACUCUUCAUCAGCUGCUCUUCUCAUACUUGCCAGUCACAUUUUCAUGGAAAACACACAAGCACCACAGCAGCAACCAUCAACCUCGUCCAUGCAAACAGAUGCUGGUCACUCUUUAUGUGAGUCAUUUACUGAGUCAUGACCAGCAUGCACUGCUGCUGGACACUGGUUCCGAGUGUUUUCCUACUGAGGGCAAACCUGCACUAUUCAACGUUUUCUGUGCUGCUGUAGUGACUCGGUGGAUUUGUGUUGCUCGUUAUAUGGAGCUUUUUAAAAGAAAGUAUAUCGAAUGUCAUAGUUGUUUAUCUUGCUGGAUAAUGUCGAGUCUUGUCACUGCUAAUUUAAAGUUUCUUUCUUUGUUUCUAACCAAAUGGAUCAGUCUUUUCUGCUGUUUUGUUUUUUUUGUGCAGAAAAUGUAGGACAAAACUGAAUGGGUUCACUGAGCGUUUAAUCACACACGGCCUGUGUCUGUGUUGUUUGAUUGAGCCAAAGAUGAGACAGGUAUGAAUUGUACAGGGUUGAAGGAAAGAGGGUUGUGUUUAAAACCUGUAUUUGUUUCUUUUAGCUUUGUUGUGCGGACCUUUUUCCGGGCUUUUCUCGUUAUACAUGUUUUUGCUUUUACAUCCUCAAAAAGCUUUGUCAUUAUCAAAAAGUCAACAGAUUGAAGAUUAAAUAAACCCCAGUACACAUUUUAGACAGUGACCAUAGAGUUUUGUUGCAUCCUUGCACAAACAUUCACUUGGAGUUGAGAACAAACAGAUUAUAAUUUGGUGGUCAAAUGUCACUGUGACCUCACAAAUCGCAUUUUUGCUUAGUGAAUGCAUUUCUUAAAAAGUUCUAAAGAGAUUUGUUUCACAUUUGGCACACAUUUUUACGCAGUCACCUUUUUGAAUCCGGUAACCAUAGGUCAUGUUGCUUUUGGCUUCUCAAUCAUGAAACGUAUUUUAAAAUUUGAUUGUUCACGUUGUGAAAUAAAUGUUUUCGUUAAAUCGUUGCACAAAGAAAGCAAAGGUAAAAAGAAAUAACCUUAUAUUUUACUCACUGUUUUUUCUUCAUGUAUAUCCUUUUAACUCCGUAUUGUUGGUUCAGUAUUUUGUUCCCCCUUUUGUUUUGUGUUGUGUUGAUGUGAAAGGUGCAGAAUUUCACUGAGAACAGUAUAAUAAAAUGUGUAACAUUCAA